AUCCAACAAGACAAAAACAAAUGUGUGAAAUUCUUGGUUUUCGAUAAUCUAAAUUUAAUUAAAGAAAUAUACUUACAGUAUUAAAAUUUUAACACAUGGAAGGAAUUUUGUGGAAAUGGACAAACUAUUGGAAUGGUUGGCAAACAAGGUGGUUUAUUUUAGAAAAUGGUAUUUUGUCAUACUACAAGUCACAAGAUGAAGUAAAUCAAGGAUGCAAAGGAUCAGUGAAAGUAUCAGUUUGUCAAAUUAAUGUUAAUCACAUCGAUAACACACGCUUGGAUCUCGUAAUACCAGGACAACAGCACAUGUACUUGAGAGCGCCAUCACCUCAAGACAGGCAAAAGUGGCUUGUAGCUCUUGGCAGUGCUAAAGCAUGUGUUGAUUCCAAAGGGGAAUCUACAGUUACAGUAUUUGAUGAUACAAAUUCAUUGAGUCAUAAGAAGUCAGAGUUGAGACUAUACUGUGACCUCAUGAUGCAACAAGUACAUGCAGUGAAGAGUGCAGUCACUACUGAAAAUGGUCCUGAUUUGCAGAAUAUAGAUGAUGCCUCAAGUCUUCUCACAGCUACAUGUGAUACUUUCAUUAGAACACUUGAAGAUAUAAUGAGGAUAACAAGUGCAAGCAUAGCAUAUGAAAUGCCAGUACCCAAUAUUGCAUUACUGAAAAAUAAUAGCUCCAACAAACCACAACCAAGCAAUAAAACUCCUAGGCAAAGUCUUACUAGUAGAUCUUUAUCACAAGAAAAUAGGUGAAUGUGAAAUGAAGUCAAUGUUCAUUGUAUAAAAAGUAGUUCUGGUUAAAUUGGCAUAAAUUGUUACUUUAUGUUAUUAAUUUGCAGGCUAACAAUGUAUCACUUGAAAAGCUAUAGGGUACCUCUUUAUCUAAUACAUAUGUAUUUGCAAUUACCGCCCACACUCAGAGAAAACAAUAGGUUUAGGUUAAGAGUCUCGCGGAUCAUCUGAACAGGCCGAUACUUAACUCUAUAUUUAUGAGAGUUCCUAUGAACUCAAUACACGCGAUUAUCUGAUCAGUCCUAUAUAAUGAAUUAGAAACUAUACGCGCAUUAGAAUUUACGCGAGAUGUCGCGCGACCAUCUGAACUUAGCCUUAAUCACAAGUUUUGUUCUUAUUAAAAUUGAUGCUGUUAUUUUCUUUGCAAUAGCAAUGGUAUAUCAAUACAUACACAAUACACAUACAACGCGAUACAACUACAACACGAUACAUUAAAUUUAAUGACG